AUGUCCGUCCUCACUACAGACCUAACUGACCACCUUGCUCUCGUGACUGGUGCGAGCGGCGGCAUUGGGAAAGCGACAUGUUUGGCGCUCGCGUCGAUGGGUUGCUCGAUAGCCGCACACUACAACUCCAACGCGGACAAGGCCGCAGCGCUUGUUGAAGAAUUGAAGGCCAAAGGAGUCAAGGCCCAGGCCUUCCAGGCCGAUGUAAACAAUUACGAUGAAGUCCGCCGUCUUCACGCCUCCGUGACUGCCAAUCUCGGCGCGCCCACCAUCCUUUUCAACAACGCCGGCCUCUCGCUGGGUAAGACGGUCCAUUCAAUCAGCGAUAUCUCCAUCGAAGAGUUCGAGACCACCUGGCGCGCUAAUUGCGGGUCCGCCUUUCUCCUAACGCAGCUGUGCAUGCCUGCCAUGGAGACGGCAGGCUGGGGCCGUGUCAUCUUCUGCUCCAGCGUUGCGGGCUUCAACGGCGGCGUCAUCGGGCCACACUACGCCUCCUCCAAGUCCGCCCUCCACGGCCUCGUCCACUGGCUCGCCAACAUCCACAGCAAAUCCGGCAUCACGAUCAACGGCUCCCUAACCCCACAACGCACCACAGAAAUCCCCCUCGGGCGUCUCGGCUACCCCGAAGAGAUCGCCGAGACAGUCAUCUGGAUGGUCAAGACCGGCUAUGUCACGAACAAGGUCGUUGGCGUUGACGGCGGCUUCUUCGUGCAGUGA